GAUUUCACGAAAACCAUAGCUUGUUGAUACUGUAUCACGAAACGAAAGCUGAUCCUAUAAUUGCGGUAGUUCACACAGAGCUAUCUCAGGCCAGUAAAUAGUUUAUUAGAUUAUGUGGGUUAUUGUGUUUGUGGAUUUACUGUCUCGAGUCUCAUGAACCAAUCGUAUAGUGAGUUUUACAGUUGAUCAGCAAUGGACUUUAAACCAGAUAAUUUGCAGCGCAACCGGCAUCUUUAUUUUUAAACCAAGCCAUGAUAGCUUUUUAAAAACACAGUUGGGCCUAUCCUAAUGUUAUGUAGCCAGAAUACAAUCGGUAUAAUCAAAUCUUUGAAUAAUUUCGUGAUAUUCGCUCUUGGACCGAGAACAAGGUCCUUGUGAAUAGUUUACUUACCGAAACGAAACUGCUGCUUCAAGCUUUCCUAAAUAUAAGGCUAUGGCUGAUGAAAAUACCCAGUUCUGCAGUAAUUGCAAGCGUGACAUUCCAGAGGCCAACUUUACAACACAUGAGAUUCACUGUCGGCGGAACAUUGCUUUAUGUGAUGUGUGCCAGGAGCCUUUUCCUCAUGCCGAACUUGUGCAGCACAAAGAGCUGGAUCAUGCAGAGGAACAAUGCAAAUGUGGGUUAAAGAUAGAGAAAAGGUUCAUGGAGACUCACCAGAGGUCAGAGUGCAGUCACCGACUGGUCCCAUGUCAGUUCUGUGACCUGGAGCUGGCCUUCUGUCAGGCUAAAGAGCAUGAGGACUACUGUGGGACCCGCACUGAGCCCUGCCCCGUCUGUAAGUGUAACGUUAUGCUGAGAGAGCAGAAAAUCCAUCCAGCCCUGUGUGGUAGCUUUACGCCCCCUCAGGAGAGGCACAGCGAUAGGGCAGGCUCCCAGUCUCCAGGAGCUUGGUUUGAGACUCAUUCCAUUCAUAACCUGUUGAGGGCCCAGGAAAGAAGCCACAAUAAUAACAACACAGGGGCAGCAGACCGCAGGGGCCCACCACGACCCUUGGAGGACAGAAUACAUAAUAGUACCAGAGGAACAGUGAGGGCAGGAACCAGGACAAACACACAAACAAGGACCAAUGAAUUUGCUUACUUGCUGGAUCAGGAAGGAGAGCUGGGGAACAACAACAGCAGUCUGCUGUGGUCUCUGGGCCAGGUGCCAGACUACGACUCCUCCAGUCUGGACUACAUGCUGGCCCUCAGCCUGCAAACUGAAGGUGACUUGGAGGACCCUGGGGGUCAGGAGGGUGUGUGGACUGAUGUGUGGGACCAUCGACUGGGAAGGACAUCAGCCCAUAGCAAUCUUACUUCCCAGCUCCCCUACAACACUAACAACAACUGCACUUCAGCCCCCCCUAAAUCCAACACAAUCCCAGGCCAUAGCCCUUCCUCAAAUAUCAUGCUCCCUUGUGAGUUCUGUGAAGAGCUCUUUCCAGAGGAAGACCUUAUCAUACACCAGACCGGCUGCAGCCCUGCAUCUGCUAUCGCUUCCUUCAGUAAACAGGCUCCAUCUCUUCACUAUGAAGACACCAUAUCUCAAGGGGCUGGUCAUGUCAUUCCAGCCCACACACCCAUUCAACCCACCCUGCCCCUGUCUGUCUCUCCAGUCUCCUACAGUUCCUCAUCCAGUCCUGGUGAGGGUGACGUGCUCAUUCCUUGUGAGUUUUGUGGCGUUGCCUUGGAAGAGAAUGUGCUCUUUCACCAUCAGGAUAAGUGUGACCUCCGCCCCAAGACCGCUUAUUCAAAAGAUGGGGUAUCUCCAUGGAAACCACACAACACAGCUAAAGAGGCCCAUGAGAGGAGAUCUCCUGAGAGGCAGAGGAGAGUAAGACAUCAAGCUGACCCAGGUGAUGAGCUCCUGCUGCAGACAGCUCAAGGGUGGCAGAGAGGCACCUCAGGUUUGGACCAAUGUAAGCCCUCAGUGUAUGGAUCCACCAAGAACACUAAUGCUGAGCAGCAGGUGAAGAGCAGGAACCAAAGGUGUGGAGCGGUUGAGGCUAACACCUACCCAGCACCACUCAAUGACAGCCUCAAGACCCAUUCUACAGCCACUUCAGGACUUCCCCACAGAGGAAGGCUUGAAGGUCGAAGGAGUGAGAAAAACACUGAGACACCGAAGGUGCCUAAAAAACAUAAUGUUGAAAAAGAAGAGGAGUAAAACAAAGCAACCAAACUUUUGUUACUCAGACUUGUGACCUGCUAUUACUGUUGAUGGUCUAUUAUGUUUGUUUUUAUUUCAAACAUGUCUUUGCCAGGUGAAUUUAAAUGUUCUUUGGCUUGUUUGUGUAUUUCUGUGACUGCACUAUUUUUUUCAUUCUUUAUUUUAUUUUCUAUUUUAUAUGGUGUUUGUAUGUGAAUUAAACUGUUUGUUUUAAGCUUUUGAACAUUUUCUUCUUUCAAAGACAUACUUGGAGAAAUGUCCUAACUGUACACACUGAUGUAUGCUUGUAUAGAAAUGAUACAUUUAUUUCAUGGAUGUACUUGAAAAUAACAGCCAGGUGUAUAAGAAAUGGGACACACGGCUGCUUCUGCUUCAAUGCCAGAAUGUUGUCUGACUAAAUCAAUAAAAACAUACAAAACAAAAAUUAUCUGUAUUGAAAGAUUCCCUUCAGGACAAACUAGAGCAACAGAGCAUUGUUUAAGAAUUAAAUAAAAGCAUUAU